GCAAGCGCUUGGAAUAAAUAUUUUUAUUUUUUGUUGAAAUAUCGAGUUAAAUAAACAUUUAUUGAUCUCGUGACGUUGAAGGAAUAUACAUUUUUAAAUUAUAAUGCUAUUCAGGCCUGUAUAGUUGCUACAUUCAUUACUAAUCUUCGAUGUUGUAGCCACCAAAAUGGUCAAAUCAUGCUGCAUAGAGGGCUGUGACUUCUCCAGUCCAGAUGUAGAGUAUUUCAAGUUCCCCCGUAGCGGCUCCUUACUAACCGCCUGGAUAGAGGCAACCGGAGCGUCAGGAGGCGAUGUCUGCUCAGCUCACUUCACCGAUGCAGACUACAAGAGCAUGCGCGGCAAACGGCGGCUGCUCGGCACUGCUGUACCCAGCGUGUUUACUAAACCGCCAUCCACGGAAAACGGAAACAUCACAGACCCAACAAAAGAUACAAAUAAAAACGCAAAUACCAACCCGAAAAACAAAAAAGCUAAAGAGAAAAAGACCACAGAGAAAGCUAAAGUCGAUUCCACCAUAGACAGCAUAGAAACCACAGAUAAUAUAACUACAGAAACCAUAGAUAAUAUAACUACAGAAACCAUAGAUAAGACAGAUGAGUCUACCACAGAUACUGACACUACAAGCGCGACGGAGAAUAAUGUUGAAAAUGGAGAGAGUUCGCUUAAUACAAGGCAGGGGGGUGAAAAUAGGAAAGGGGACAAGAAUGGAGUAGUGGAAAACACUCCGGAAAUAAACGAUAUAGAAGACAUGAUCACUAAUUACCAGAUCAAGCAACCACCUCUCGCUGACAGACUCAACCCGGAUCCUUUAGAAGACCUUAUACCCGCCAUCUUGGAAAAGCAGGAGUUAAAGCAAUUGGAAGCCGCUGAGCAAGUCACUGUUGAAAUGGAGGUUUUGGAGGAAACUAGGAACGAAAUAAACACACAGGAGGUGAGUCCGAGCAAGCUCGACGUGAACCAGUUGGCCAACCACUUGGCCAACAAGUUGGACAACCAGUUGGCCCACAUGAAGUCUACGGCUCCUGUCUUCAUAGAAGUCGCUGUGGAUCAGAAUGACACCAGAGCGGAGAGUCCUCAAGACUGUCUGAUGUUGCUGGAGAGCGUCCAAUGUGACAUCGACCCUUCAAGCCUCAUGUUGCCGGAACACGGACCUGACACGGACAGCGAUAUGGAGAUAGUAGAGACGGAUAACAAAGUAACAGAAGAUCCCAACCCAAUAUCUCUCCUAACAUCGAGCGACGAAGACGAAGUUAUCAUAGAAGAACCCCACAUCGACACUGUAGAGGUCUCAGAUGAAACCGACGAAGACGACAGACCGCUCCAAAGGUUCAUCAAAGAAAAACCCAAACAGAAGAAAUCAGAGAAAAAAAAGAAGAAAAAAGGAAACUUUGAGUACUUCGUCCAUUCCAGCCCGUACUACUGCGUCCAGUGUGACUUCAAAACGGACAACGAAUCAGAAUUCCUACAACACAAUCUAGAGUUUGCUCACCAUUCGACCACCAUCCAAGUUUGCUCAACAUGCAACUAUACCACAGCGAGCAAGGCACAAUUCUCCAGACAUAAACGGAAACAUAAGGAUGAAAGAAACUUCAAGUGCCAUCUAUGUAACUAUAAAGCAGACACAACAUGAGUUUGAUCUACCAUCUCCGUUGCCACGACCCUGUUGAGAAAAAACAGGAGAAGUUCACAUGUGACAAGUGCGGUUUUAGUUCUAAUGUGAAAAGUGAAGCGUUGAAUCAUGUGAAGAGUAAAAGUUGUGGCAAUAUCAAGAGUAAAAGUGGCGGUAGCAAGUAUUCGUGUGAUCAGUGUAGUUAUAGUACGAAGAGGCGGAGUGAUUUGAGAAGGCAUAGGCUGAGGAGGCAUUCCGUUGAUGAUAGCGAUGAGGACUUUAUGAUUUAAUCUUGUUGAUACGAUUAAAUAUAGCUGGCUUAACUUUUUUGAAACAAGUAUAAAAAAGGACUGAUAAUCCCUGAACAAAGUUGCCUCUGAUACGUAUAUAUGUAGGUAUGGCUACUGAGAAUACUUCGGGAAACGCAACAGUUUUGAUUUUAAAAUGUUCUAUUCUAAACAUAAGUAAUUGCAAUAUACUAAGGAAAAAUUAAAAUUUAGAAAAAAAAAACGCUGUCAAUAGAAAUUGUCAACAAUGGAAACAAACCAUUA